AUGAAUUUCGGAUCAUUUUUACUAUCAUAAUCAAGCAUUAUUGGCCACUAGAUCUCUGGCAUGAGUGAGCAUUAAUAAUAUGAGCUUUAACAACAAAAAGGCAAAUACAUGCCAGCAGGAGAUGAUUCAUUUUUUAAAACUGGCGAUCCAAACGUAGAUCCUAUUUAAGUAGGUGAUGUCAUGAAAGUGAUUCCUUAUGGUAGAUAUCAAAAGUUUAUGACGGUAUUCUAUCUAUACAUGUUUGUGACUACGGCAUUUUUAAGUUUUAAUUUCGCAUUUUUUCUCAUGCCUCCAGUCUUUAGCUGUCCAGACGGUCUUGAUCAAGCAGCCUCAAGUAGAUGCUAAAAAAUGAUUAACUGGGAGCAUAGGUAUUCUUUAUACAAUUGGAUUGAAAGAUUUGACUUAGAAUGUGGCUUGAAAUUUGAGAUUGGACUAUUUGGUUCUAUGUUUUUUCUUGGCUAUAUAUCAUCAUGCUUAAUCUUUCCUCCUCUGGCUGAUGCUUACGGAAGAAAAAGAUUUGCUGUUGGUGUAUGCUUGCAAUAAGCACUGUGCUUCGCAGCAUUGCUAUUUUUUCCGAAUCAAAUUGUAUAUUAUGUAGCUAUCUUCUUCAUAGGGUUUUCAGUACCAUCAAAGGCUAUGAUUGCUUACACACAUCUUAUGGAGUUUCUUCCAGGCCGAGUAUCAACUGUUAGUGGACUCGUGUUUUUUAUUGAUGGAAUGGUACUAGUAGUGUCACCACUACUUCUUGAGCACCUAUCAAAAGACACUGACUGGCUUCUUUAUAUACCACUUUUCAUCAAUGUAUCUGGGCUAUUAGUAUUCUCAAUAGUGUAUAUCCCAGAAUCUAUUAAGUAUCAAUUAGAGAAAGGUAAAUUCGAUCAAGCAAAGCGUGACAUUGAUUAUAUUUUCAAGUUCAAUAGAUCAAACCCUGGUGAUUAGCUUGUUUGUAACUCCUUGGUGAAGAGAUUUAUCGACAAAAAGAAUUCUAAUUUAGAAAUUAUGCUUGCCAAAAAUUAGAAAGCCCGCACUAUGACAUUUAUGGAAAAAUUGAGAUCUGAGCCUCACUUGAUUCACAAUCUAAUGAUGAUGAUCAUGGCUUGGGUAUCUGGCAGUUUCUCCUUUUACUUGCUUAAUUUCUUAAUAAAAUACAUGCCAGGAGAUAUCUACUAUAACUCAAUGGUUUCAGGUCUCUCAGCAAUUGCUUUAUUAAUAGAAGGCAAACUUUAAAAGCAGUUAGACCUUAAAGGUGGGCAGAUAUUGAGUUUUGUGUUAUCAUUGAUAGCUGCUAUCUUGCUUUCAUUCUUUGAUGCUAAUUCAGAGCAGUUAUUGCUUUAUGCCUUAACUCUUCUAUUGGCUAAGAGUGGUGCUACUUUAUCUUUCGGAUUUGCAUAUGCUAUUCAUCUUGAACUAUUCCCCUCGCAUUUCUUAGUUACAAGUUAUGGUAUCUGCAACUUCUUCUGUAGAGGUCUGACAAUGCUAGCCCCUAUGGUCGCUGAAUUUGAAGAUCGCAGAGUUCCAUUAGCAUUCUUAGUUGCUCUAGGCUUGAUGGGAGUUAUAGCCUCAUCACUCCUCAAGAAAAAGCCUCCUGCACAGCCAAUUACGAUUUGA